UGGAUCUUAAUUAGGUUUAAUUUUGGCUAAUGAAUUAACGGAUUAUUAAUUCAUUAGCCAGACUUUACAAAAAUAAUGCAUAAUCCUUGUGAUGCCCUGGAAUCUUCAUUAUGUCAUGCUGAAAACAGAGGAGUAAGAAAUUCCAUAUCCGCACAAAGAUCACAUCCUGCAGCGAAAUGGACAAUUUAACUAGACCACUCUCAGCCUCAAACCAGCGUUGAAUCGAACGCAGGCGUGCUUACAGCAUCCCCUUGCAUGACAGACACCUUAUGCUUUUCCCACUCGGAGCGUCUUAAACUGCGAUUCCAUAUCAAACCGGAAGUUGGAGGGCGUAAGCGACUCAUCUUUCUAGGAGUUCUGUGGCCACGAUGUGCCGUCUUUACACCAAAACAAACGGAGCUCCGCACAUCCAGGUUAACCAAAGACGUCACAGUUAAGCUUAACUUUCAAUUCCGGUUUCCAUUCUUAAUUCUUACCACAUGUAUCACUGGCUGAUGACUUUGCACAGAGUUUUCUACAAAGAUUAAAACGUGUGAUAUCGACUGAAAUGCCUUGGAAAAACUGGAAGAUGACACCGGCCAUACACAUUCAUCCGGGAACCGGAAGUGUUAUUACAGUUUCGCGAAUUCUGUGACUCUUUGCCUUAUUGCGGCGGGUUGCUUUACGGCAGCUCACUACGCAAGGCUUCGAAGCUCUUUGCAGUGUUGCGAAGUGACCGGUCAGGGACCUGAAAGAUCCCCCGGAAGCAGUAUGGAGGGAGAGGAAGUACUUGGGAGGAGGCUGACGGGAGGAUUGCACGUGUGAGAGGCGCAGAGUGUUAAAGCUGCAGUACUGCAGUCCUAAGCUCUGCUCACGACCUGAGUUCAAUCCCCGGUGGAAGCUGGGUUUUCAGACAGCCGGCUUGAAGUUGACUCAGCCUUCCAUCCUUUCAAGAUUCACAGGCCUGACUUAUGGAAGCCAAAGGUAAAAGAAAAUUCAUAGGCAAAGGUGGAAAAUCAGGACCUGGAAAAAAGAAGUUUAAGCAAAAUCUUGAUGCUGGUCUUCCAAAGAAAUUUAAUAGAAAUGGGAAGGAUGGCAAGCCGAAAUUUAAAUCUAAGAAGUUUGAAAAAGGAAAUGCAAAGCCUGGUAAAACUGGUGUAAAACAAAUCAAGAGUAAACAAUUACCAGGCAAAUCGUCCCAGAAACGAAAACUCCAAGAUGGCAGUGAAGGACUGCAGCCGAAGAAGCCUAAAUGGGAUGACUUCAAGAAGAAGAAGAAGGAGCUGAAGCAAAGCAGACAGCUGAAUGACAAAUCCAACUAUGAUGCAGUGUUUAAGGCAAAGCAGCUUUGGGAAGCUCUGAGACAGAAAAAAUGUGACCUAGAGAAGCGCAAGAAACUGUUAAGUGAACUUCAGGAGCUGCUUCGUGGGAAAAUAAAAAGUAUGGCAUUUGCUCAUGACUCUACUCGUGUUAUCCAGUGUUACAUUCGUUUUGGCAAUGAAAAGCAAAGGCAAGAAGUAUUUGACGAAUUAAAAGAGAGUUUUACUGAACUAAGCAAAUCCAAGUAUUCCAGAAAUAUUGUGAAGAAACUUCUCAUGUAUGGAACAAAACCACAAGUUGCAGAAAUUAUCAAGAGCUUUAAAGGUGAAGUGAGAAAGAUGCUACGUCAUGCUGAAGCAUCUGCAGUGGUGGAGUUUGCAUACAAUGACAAAGCCAUUUUGGAGCAGAGAAACAUGUUGACACAAGAGCUCUAUGGGAAUAUAUUCCAAGUCUACAAGUCAUCAGAACACCCAACCCUUGACAAAGUGUUAGAGGCACAUCCUGAAAAGCAGGAGGCCAUUAUGGAUGAAAUGAAGCUGAUCCUUACUCCAAUGGCUCAGAAAGAAGCUGUAAUAAAACAUUCAUUAGUGCAUAAGGUGUUCUUGGACUUUUUCAUUCAUGCCACCCCUAAACAGAGAUCUGAAAUGAUUGAAGCGAUCAGAGAAGCUGUAAUCUACUUAGCACACACACAUGAUGGAACCAGAGUAGCCAUGCAUUGCCUAUGGCAUGGGACCUCCAAGGACAGAAAAAUCAUUGUGAAAACCAUGAAGACCUAUGUUGAAAAAGUAGCUACUGGUGAAUUCUCACAUUUGGUUUUGCUGGCAGCUUUUGACUGCAUUGAUGACACCAAGCUUGUGAAACAACUAAUUAUAUCUGAAAUUAGUGAUUCCUUAGCCAGCAUUAUGAACAAUAAAUAUGGAAGAAAGGUCCUGUUGUAUCUGUGUAACCCAAGGGAUCCUACGUAUUUCUCACCAGCAAUAAUCAAAAUCCUGCAACAGGGUGAUGGAAAUGCUUACAGUAAAAAAGAUGUGGAUGUUCGACGUCGUGAGCUCUUGGAAGCUGUGUCCCCAUCUUUAUUGAACUACCUGAACCUGCAUGCUGAAGAAAUGGUGAUGGACAAAGCUACCUGUAUUAUGGUGACGGGUAUCCUCAAGGCCUCUGUUGGUGACAUCCAACCUGCUUUCGACACUAUUGCUAGUUUGGCUGCAAAAGAAAUGAUUUCAGGAGGUGAAGAUGGGCAGCUUCAUAUUGCAGAACAUCCAGCAGGUCAUCUGGUUCUGAAGUGGUUACUUGAACAAGAUGAAAAGAUGAAAGAAAAUGGCAGAGAAGGUUGUUUUGCAAGGACAUUAGUGGAGCAUGUGGGCAUUGACCAUUUGAAGAGCUGGGCAGAUGUCAAUCGAGGUGCAAUUAUUCUUUGUCGCCUUCUUCAGAGCUCCGACCAGGAAGUGGCAAAUCAAAUCAAAAAUGGACUAAAAGGCCUUAUUCCAAAAUUGAAAGAGACUAAAGAUGCCAAAGGAGCAGUGAAAGUACUGCUAGAAAAACUGUCAUCUUAAUUUAAAGAGUAAUGAAAUUGACACUUUUUAAAUAUAUGUAAGCAAAUAUUUCAUUUUUCAAUGACAGAAAUGAAUCAUAAGAGUAGCUUUUCUGCAGCAACCUGUAAUUUUUGAAAAAUGUUUUAUAAAUUAAAUUCUUUCAGAUA